AAAGUCUAAUAAUUUGUUCCAAAAGAAUAGCAGUAAGGAGAACCAGUGCUUCACAUCUGUAUCAUCGCAUCCGAGCCAAAGAUGUCCGAGAUGAUCGUGACCUUUCAGACCCAGCUCUCCGGGGUGAUGGAGACCGUCUUUAAAGCCGCUAUAUUCGAGAUUACCAGGCUGGUGGAGGUCAGUUUUCUGGAUGAAGUGUCCCGCAGUCGUGAGCAGGUUGAGUCUCUGAAGAAGAAGCUGCAGUGGUCCGAGAGCAGAGAAAAGGGAAGAUGUGAUUGUUCCAGUGCCAAAACCCCUAAGACACACGUCCAGAAGAGAGAUUCACCCACCCAAACAGGUGAAGAAAUGACUCAGUAUCUGAAAGAGGAACGUGUGCAGAAGAGCUGGGGGAACUGCAGAGCUGAGGAGAAGAUCUCAUGUACGGUCAUGGCUGAAACAGACGAUGCAUCCACAACCGCUAACGUCGCAGAGCAGCAGACAGUCCAGGAGGAAGGGAAGCUGGAGUGCACGCUUAAAGCCGAGGCUGUCCAGACUGCCAUCGGUACCGAGCGGCAAGACGAGUGGAAACUGAGCACCGAAGUUCCAGAGAGCUCGGUCAGCUCCGCUCACGAUAAAACCUACAGCGAGCAGGUGCUGCAGCAGAUUCAGGACGAGUGGAGCUCUGGGCUGGAUAACGCGACAAAAGCCGACCCCGAGCCGGACAUGAACAACAUCCAGGGUCUGCUGUACAGAAAUCGAUAUAACUUGGAGGAUUUGGGAAGUUAUGGCAACCAUGAACUGAAUAUGGAAGAAAUGGAUGGCUUGGCAGAAGCAAAUCGGAGAGCCGGAGAGGUUUUGGGAUUCGGCGGGAUGGCGGGAACGUCGCGAUCUGACGCGAGCACGUCGGAGGAGUGCAGGAGACGCGCCAGAAAUAAACGAGAUAAAAAGGUUUUGCCGCAUUUACACGACAAUCCGGGUACAGCCGCGAUCGACUGCAUGAUAAUUAAUGAGGAAGGAUUCCUGCAGGACGUGAACAGUCUCCCCCAGGCUGCGAGUGUCCACGCUGCGGACUCGCAAGUUCAUCCCAUGUAUAAUAAAGACAACAGCUUCUACAGCAGCGACGCUUUCAUCCAGUCGUUAGACCUGAACAACAGAUGUGCAGAAAUCAUGGUGGACGCGGAACAGGGAGCUCUCAGUUGCACCCAGUGUAUGAUCACGUUCUCAGACCAGGCUUCCCUAAAAGCUCACAUGAACGCCCACAGGCAGCGCAUCCCGACCACCCCCUACACGUGCAACCAGUGCGGGAAGAAGUUCCCCCAAGCCUGCAACCUGAAGGUCCACCAGCGCGUCCACCAGAGAGAAGGUCUGCACAUGUGCAGCCACUGCGCCAAGGGCUUCUCGUCCUUCGCCGACCUGCGCCGGCACCGCUGCAGCCAGGGCGGAGAAAAGCCCUACAGCUGCUCGCUGUGCGGGAACAAUUUCAGGCGCCUGUGGAACCUCAAGCUGCACCGGCGCAUCCACACGCAGGAGAAGCCGCACCGCUGCAACAUGUGCGACAAGAGCUUCACCCGAGCCGACAUCCUGAAGAUCCACCAGCGCACUCACACCGGAGAAAGGCCGUACAGCUGCAAGAUCUGCGGACUCACGUUCAAGCGCCUCGACCAUCUCAGAUCUCACCAGCGCAAACACACCGUCUGAAUGACCGCUGUACCGAAGUAUCAGGAAAAGGCGGCACGGUGGCUCGGUGGGUAGCACUGUCGCCUCACAUCAAGAAGGUCCUGGGUUCGAUCUCCAGGCGGGGCGGUCCGGGUCCUAUCUGUGCAGAGUUUGCAUGUUCUCCGGGAUCUCCGGUUUCCUCCCACAGUCCAAAAACGUGCAGUCAGGAUAAUUGGAGACACUGAAUUGCCCUAUAGGUGAGUGUGUGUGUCUGUGUGUCUGCACUGCGAUGGACUGGCGUCCCAUCCAGGGUGUUACUGUGUGUCUUGCGCCCAUUGAAAAGCUGGGAUAGGCUCCAGAACCCCCCGCGACCCUGAUUGGAUAAGCGGAGAAUGAAUGAAUGAAUGAUUUAAUUAAAACUCCAAUUUAAAACAAAGUGGGAUAUAAAGGACAGAUGUAAAAACAAUAUUUUAACCUGUAUUUAAUUAAAAACAAGCUGUACAAAGACAAAAUAUUGUGCAAACCUGAUAGAUAAUAACGUGCUCAUUUUUUAUUUGAUGGAUGUAACAUUCCAAAAAGUUGGGACAGGGACUUGUUUGCCUUUUUUUUUUUCAUCUCCUUUCUUUUAUAAACUUUUUGUAAUGGAUCAUGCACUGAGAACACCAACUGUUAUAAUUAGAGAUGGGACGAUCGAUCGGCUAUGAAUCGGUAUCGGCCGAUUUUUAAUCAAAAUAUGCUAUCGGCGAUCGGCGAUAUUUCCUAAAAGUAGCCGAUCCGAUCGUGUGAUAUAUAAAGAUCACGUUAAGUUAACAGCUCAGUGGAUCGAUCCGGACUUUGAGCUACGAAGCACCAACCAUCACAUCACCAUUCAUCAACCAUCGUACAGAAACCACAGUGAAAGCUCUUCAUGACCUAAAAUAACAUCAUGAACGUUGUGCAUCACACACGAUGUAAUUUUGCUGAUUGUAAUAUUUACUUUAAAAAGAUAAUUCAACCCGG